AUUCUUAAAAAUGGUUUUAGGAAGCCACUGGCUAGACAAAACAUAAUGUUGUAACUAUCAGCACAGUAUAAUUAAAGUACAUAUUAAUUUUCUGUCUUCAUAGGAAGCUCAAAUUUGCGUCAGAACAAGCUGACGCACUCAUUUUAUGACUGAAAUGCAUUUGUGCUUCACUUUUGCUAACAAAAACUAAAUUAUGUAUAUUGUUUUUUUUUUAUUAAGCAUCUUUCGAAUUAAUGCAAAGAACAAAAGUAUUUAAUUGUUUUAAACACGUGUUGCAAUUUUUCUACAGGGUCUUUAAGAACAUUUGAAGUGUUCACCCAGGUUAACUUUCCGAUAUAAACGUCUUUUUCGCCACGAGUACAGCCUAUUAUUGUAAAUACAAAUGUAUAUUUUGACGGAAAUAUUGAGUGCUGUCAUGCAUGGUUGUGUAAUAAACGAAAUACAAAGCACAUUGCCAUAGCAUUUAUCUCGUACAUGUACUUCCGGUGAUAGCGGAAGUACCCGCCGCACGUCCAUUAAAAGCAAAAUUAAUGGCUUUUGUAUAAAAUACUGUCAAAUACAGAAGAAAUUAAGAGUUUGCAUUGACAAAUGCUGCUUGAUAUCGAGCAAAGAGGCAGUGAGCACCGUGCGUGAGCGGACACCGGAGGUGAUUCUCCCGUAUGAAGGGGAGGAGGCUCAACAUGGAGGACUGCUUGCACACUUCCUCUGACAGCCUGGCUAAACUGGUGAAAUGGGCCCACAGUCACGGAACAAUCUGCACCUUGAUCCCCAACCUCAAACACAUGCUGAACGAGGGCUCUCACGGGACCCUCACGGCCCUGUGGGGCUGCAGCGCCGGGCACGCCUACCACUGGCCCCUUAACACCACCUGCAAAAAGGGAAACAGAGAACGCAACCAAGAAAGCCGAAGCAUCAACACGGACAGCAUGAUUCAGGCAGUCGCCGUCAUGCAGAACAUCUCAGAGCGCUUCCUCGGCAGCGCCGCGAAAAACAAGGGCGAUUUCAGUCAGAUCCAUGACUCGUGUGACAUCUCCAACUGCAGCGAACCGUCCGAGAUGGACGACAACGGCGAGGAGUACAACAGCCACCUGUACGACAUCGUCUGCGAGUCCUCGGCUACCGACGAAGACGGCGACUCCGAGUUCAACCACACCUCCAGCGUCACGCACAGGAAAAGAACCGGAAAAGGAGCGGGAACCGAGGACAGCACUGACCUGGCGUCUAAGAAAAUCAAACAAGAGAGAGGCGAAGACUAUUACAGUGUGGCCAAUCCUCAGAUGCCCAGCAGCUCGGAUGGGAACUGCUCUACCGGAGGCGUUACGCAGUCGCCCAAACCCAACGUCCAGAACAGACCAUCAUCCAGGUCUUCGAUGUCCCAGAAGCCGUCCUCGUUUGACGGAGACUCCAUGGCGGUGUCCUCGUCACCACUGGACAGCUCCCCUUCGUCCAUGAUCAAGCCCCUGCGUGCACCUUUCCACGUUACCCAGAACAAAAUGCAGGUGAACUCGAACCCAGCUUGCAGUCAGAGUUUGGCGACCUUGCCCCAUUCGGGAAGGAUUGACUCUAUGGGGGUGCUGCACAGGGACGAGUAUCCCAGGUCUUCUUUGUCUUACGGAGAGGCUUCUAUGGGUGUAAACCCUGAAAUGGAUCUUCUAGCAGCGCAGGAACUUAAUACAGAAGCUCGAGCAGACAACACAGGUUCACACGAGAAGAUGGAUUAUGCUGUGAUUUUGAAAGCCCUCCAUGAGCAUCUGAUUCCAGCUGCACACAGUUCAGAAGAGCAGUUCUGCCCGUCAGAUCUCAGUCCAAGCAGUGAGAGGUAUUUUGAAGAGAGAAAACACCUGGAAGAGUUUAUAACAAGCAUAGAUACGAUAACUCUACAAAACCUGCAGACGGUCAUUGAUCGAAUCCUGGUCUUUCACGAGCGGACGCAGAUGCCUCUGUCCAGUCCGGCUCGACUGGGAGAGCAGGAGCUGUUUCCUGGGAGCGGACUCUACCUGCCGCACUACAAACUGGCGUCCAUGCUGCAGGAGUCCCGGCAGGACAGCAUGAGACUCUUCCACCUGCUCUUCGAGCACUUCUUCAGCGAGGAGGAUCUUAACGGGGCCGUCGCUUUUGGAAAGAGGGGAAAAGUACCUGAUGGGAAAAAGAUCUUGGACCGAAGAAGAGUGGAUGGGAUUAUGUCAUAUGUUCUGCGUUGUUCUACUAUAGACGGAUGGACACCUGUGGAAUCAUCUAAGCUGAAGAAGGCCUGUAUUAAUAAAUGCAGGCUUCGAAUCGGUCAGAAAAAGAAGCAAGAAUCUUCUCAAGAGUCCUUUAUUUUUUGUGACGAACAAUCUUCAGGCAAAAAUGACCCUUCCUAUAUGAACCACUGCCUUAAACCAGUACUGAACUGUAUGUUUACCUGCCCUGUGCAGGACUACAAGGAAUAUGCUCAGCGCAGACCUCAAGCAAUGCUCUUUGAAGAUGCCCCCUUUUAUCUGUCCAUCAAGCCUGUGGUCAGCCUCGCUGCCCCGCAUUGGUACAACUGCCAAGCUCUGGGAAAGAACAAAUUAGCAAAGAUGGUGAAGACCAUGUGUGAGAAAGGCAACAUUCCAGGGAGAAAGACCAAUUUCAGCGUUUACCAGAGUUGCAGCUCCUUGUCCGAGGCCCAGAGCAAUCAGCUAGUCCUGAUCUGCAAUGACCUCAGGCAACAAGCCGUCCAGUCAGGGAGUUCCCAUCCUGGCAGCACCAACUUUGUCAUUGCUGGUUCUUUUGACUCUACUGACUCUGCUUAAAGCUGAAGUGUAAUUUUUGAGCCACUAGUAGCACCAAACCAAUCUGCUGUUUCCGAACAAGUUUCCCAAACACUUCUUCCGUCUUCCAUUUUUUUGGACAAGCAGGUAGUCCUGGCCCAAAAGGCAUUUGUUGAGCAAGAAGUUGAUGUUUUGGACGGCUUAAACCAAUGAGUCAAGGUUCGGAUGAUUAGAAUGAUUCAGUUAGCCACUGUAGACAGAUGCCUAGACCAGGAGUUACCAACCUUUUUGACAUGAAGUGCCAUUUUUAUUUGUUUUUUUUCCCCCAUUUAAAAUUAGCUGUUCUCUGAUAUAGUUAUCUUUGCCAAGUGAUUUUUUGGAGGGCUCUUCAAAGCCUCAAAUGUCUGCUGCCUUUUGUGUCACUCAGGAUAGUCGCUUGUGAAGGGCUUGGGACUGUGCGUGUUCUUGUGGUGCCAUCAGCCAAUCAGUGUUGUCAGCAUGUCACAAUGUAAUUUUGCAGUGGCUCCAGAGUUAAUAGUCACAUGGCAUUCACAGCUCAAAUAAUUGGAUCAGAAAAAAAUCUUUAUCUAGAACUGUCCAUGUUCAAAGAUAGUGGAUACUUCCAGAGGUCUUGCACCAGCUGAGCAACUGCCAUUUGGAUAAAUGGGAAUGCUAAUGCAUAUAUCUCUCUUUAGGUAUGGCUUGAAUAAACCAAUGAAAGGGCCACAGAGCCACUGUGUCUACACUCCUCAGAAAAUCAAUCUAUAAAUUGCUGCGUGGGAUAGGAGAAAGUAUUUUACCACUGAAAAAAAUACAUAUGGCAGCUUUAAAUUCAAUUGUAUGACUGACUUAGGCAAUCUUGUUUCAUGUCUCAAUGCUCUGUUCUUUUAGGUAAGCAAAGUCUCAAUUGUUGUUUCUGUCAAUAUGUAUGAAACUACAAUGUUGUCUUUUUGUCUUGAUUAUAUUAUAAUUACACUUGUCUUAUGUGCAAUGCAAAAUGUUCUUUAUCCAGUGCAGUAUUAAGUCAGCUUAAGGCAUUUGGAUGCUAAUUUUGUGUUAAGGUAUUUUUACUGUGUACGGCAACAAUUAUGAGUUUGACGAUGAAGCUAAUACCGUAUGUCGAUCCAGUUAUUCCGUAUUUGUUGUAGACAUAUGAAUGUAGUGGAACUAAUCCUGCUAUCUUUCGUAUAUAUUCCUGUUUUGAAAAUGUUCUGUGUUAGUGUAGAUGUUCUCUUCAAUAGCACUUAUUGGAUACGUUACAUUGUUAGAUGCUGUGUGUUAGAUUUAUUACAGAUAUGUGCCUGCUCAACAUAUGUGCCUGAUAUUAUAUCAUUUAUUCUAGAACAUACACAACGAGGAUUAUUUAAGGUUACAAAAACAAACAAAAUGGUUAAAAAAUAAAGUUGAGAAACAAAUAUACAACCAUAAAUAAAGCAACCCUGCAAUAUGAAUACGGUCAGAUUUUUUUUCUUUCUGGUUUUUAUCUCACAUGGCUCAGUUUUAGAACUACGAAAUUAUUUGUGGACCACACAAUUCCACUAACACGACAUUUUAAAAAAUUUUUCAGCUCCACUGAUUAUUCCAUAUCACAAUUAGUUGCAAAUAUGAACUGUAUUACAACGCUAUAGACCAAUUUCUGUGUUUUCCAACAGUGAUGACGUUUUUUUGUGGGCGGAGCUUAUCUGGUGGCAGAACGUGACAGCUUUAAAAUAAAAGAAUAAAAAAAGGUAAUUUUGAGUUUAUAUUUCAAAAUU